AUGCCACAAGAAUCCCACCGAGCACGAUCUCGAUCUCCACAUCGCUCCGAGCGAAGAUCAAAACACAGAUCUCGAUCUCCGCACGAAAAACCGCGUCGAGUAAAACCUUCAAUCGAACGAAAGCCACUUCCACUGGGUGCCCGUGAAUUAUCCCGCCAUGACCUCUCCGCCUUCCGGCCAAUGUUCGCUCUCUACCUAGACAUACAAAAGCAGAUAUACAUUGACGAUCUCGAUGAGAAAGAGGUAAAAGGGCGAUGGAAGAGUUUUGUGGGGAAAUGGAACCGUGGAGAACUUGCGGAGGGAUGGUAUGACCCUCAGACUUUCGAGAAGGCGAAAACAUCUGCCUCCGAACCUGUCUCACAUAAAACUACAUCGCACAUGAGACGCAGAGCAACUCCGUCAGAUGAAGACCGAGAGCCUAAAGACGCAGAAGAGGAUGAUGAGGAUGAUUACGGCCCUGCACCGCUAUCAUACAGUGUCCAUGCGCCAAAUACGGACCUAGACCAUGGAUCCAACCACAGACCCAGCGCAGGUGCAUCAAUACCCACGCUGUCCGACCUGCGCGACCGCGACGAAGACUCCCGGCUUGCCUCCUCCCAGGCCCGCACCUCAGAAUACACAGCCUUCAAGACCCAAAGACAGUACGACCGCAAGGAACAAAAAGCGCGGCUGGACGAACUCGCCCCGCGCGCCGAAGCUGGAACGCGCGAACGCCAAAUCGAGAAAAAGCGGGAAAUCGCAGACUCGAACCGCGCGUUCUCGGCUGCGAAGGACGCAGGCGGCGACGUCGACCUACGAGACGCGGAGGUAAUGGGCGACGAAGAUAGCUUGGGCGAGGUGAAGCGGAUGAAGAAGGAAAAUGAACGGAGGAAAAAUGAGAGAGAAAUAAGGAAGGAGGAAAUUUUGAGAGCCAGGAAAGCGGAAAGGGAUGCGCGUUUAGCAGGGCUCAAGGAGAAGGAGGAUCGUACAAUGCAGAUGUUCAAGGAGAUUGCGAGGGCGAGGUUUGGUGGUGGUGGCGGCGAGGAGCAAUAG